AUGAAAAUUAAAAUAUUAUUGAUUUUAAUAUUAAAUUUAAUAUUUUUAAAUUCGGUUGUAAAUUCGCAAUAUGCUAGAAAUUAUUAUGUUGCAACCAAUGGUACAGAUUUUAAUUCUUGUGGACAAGCAAUAUCACAAGCAUGUGCAACACCAGUUGGUGCAGUGAAUUCAUUUAGAAUUCAAUUUGGUUAUUAUUCAAGUAAUGUUUAUCAAUUGUUAGUAAACUUUGGAAGUGGAUAUCAAUGGAAUGGUGGAAAUUCAUUAACAUCAGUCUCUCUCAACAAUUUAAAUGUUAGCUUUAUCGGUGCACCAGAUGGAUCUACAUACUUUUAUAAUAGUUAUUCCGCUUUACCAUUAUUUAAUAUAACAAGUGCAGCAACUCAAACAACCUAUAUCACCUUCACCAAUAUUACUUAUGGUACACCAAAUUUUGGUUGUUAUCAUAAUUAUCAAUAUAAUACACUCGCCGCAUCAUUAUUAUUAAUUACACCAGCUUAUUAUUAUUCAGUAAAUAACUAUAUCCUAUUCAAUAAUUUUACCAUUAGUUGUAAAACCAUUGACAUCCCAAUUGUGGCUACCAAUGGUUAUGGUUAUACUUAUUUAGGACCAGCCUCAGAAGAUUAUAAUGAUUAUUUCACUGGUUCCCUUUCAUCCUAUAACCCAAACACUUUCAUAACAUUCAAUGGCAUGUAUUUCAACCAAACAGCAGCCUAUUCGAAAGCUGGAUAUACUUUUUCAUUCAGUUCACAACUUGUAAACGUUCCAUUAUUCCCAACAAGUGUUUCAUUUGUAAAUUGUGUUUUGAUUUUGGAUGAUGUUAAUUUCUUAUCAACUCAAUCAUUUAUCAAUGUUGGUCGUGGUAAUUUAAUCAUUGAUAAUUCCACUUUCAUCGUUUCAUCAUUUUCUAGCAAUCCCCCACCAUUCUUGAAUGUUACAUCUGCUCAAGUCGAUAUCACCAAUUCAAAUAUAAUAACCGAAGGUUAUAUGAUUAGCUUCUUAUCAUGUCAAGGUUGUUUCUUUAAAGCUGACAAUAUCAACUAUACUUCAUUAAGUAUAACAAGCUCCUCCGUACCAUUUAGUUUCAUGUAUGCUUCUGCCUCUUUCUAUAAUUCUCGUUUAAUUUCCUCUCAAUACGGCGGUGUCAUUAGUGCCGUUGAUUCUCAACUCGCCUUAAGAUCCAAUAUAAUUUCUUCUGGAAAAACAAAUUCUGUCAAUCUUGAUAAAUCCAACGCAUUCAUUUAUGGAAAUACUUUCCCCUAUUAUUACAAGGUAAAUUCAUUAUAUUACAAUUCAUAUUCAACUGUAGUCUAUUGUUCCUCUGAUUCUGAAUCUGAUAUCGUCGGUGAUUUUUUAGUUGGUUCUUACACUGAAAAUUGUUCAAAAUAUACUAAAGACUUUAAAUUAAAAUGGUAUUUUGGUUUCCUUGCUGUUGGUAUUGUUGGUACACUUUUUAUUUACAUUUUCCUUGCUUCAACAAUUGCUAUAAUUAAAAGAUGUGGAGGUGGUGAUAAUUAA